GAGCAGUUUUUAGGGAUGGCUGGAGUGGCCCAUGAAACAGUGAGCAGAGCAGUUUGCAGGGACAGCUGGAGUGGCUCGUGGGUCGGCUGGAGGAACGGAGCGGCUGGUGGAGUGGAGCCAUUCGUAGUGAAGGCUGCAGCAGAACUCCACGGAGAGGCGGGGCAGUCAGCCUCGGACCACGUGGAGCCUGAACAAGGCGCCGGGAUAAUAUUUGAUGACACGGCUUUGAAUGGCAUUCGCCUGCACUGCACUGACGGCUCCGUCAUCCAGUCCAUGGUGGGGCCGUGGGGCGAUUGGACUGGGGUCCAAAGGUGCCCCAACAGCAACCUGAUCUCCUUCUCACUGAGAGUAGAACCGCCCCAGGCAUGGGGUGAUAACACGGCGGCCAACAACAUCCAGUUCACAUGCUCAGAUGGGACCGGGCUGAUGGGCACCUCACUUUCCUGGGGUGAUUUUAGCCCAUGGAGCAAUCGCUGCAGCUCUGGAGGCAUUUGUGGGAUCCAGACGAAGUUGGAGUUUUUCCAGGGCCUGGACGAUGAUACAACACUCAAUGAUGUGAGGUUCUUCUGCUGCAACUAAACAAGCACCCGUCCCUGCCCAACCCCCAACUCCAGCACCUGCCCAUUAAACAUCAUUAAAAUUUAGCUCUGCUUUUGAA